ACAGCAAUAUGGCGAAGAAGGAGGAGCCGAUUAUGGAUGGGCCCAAGCGGAUGCAGAAGGAGCUCAAACUCAUGAUCGAGGAUACACAGCUGCUGCAGUUUCGCUGCUUGGAGGUCGAACCGGACAACAUCUUCAAGUGGUACGGCCUGCUGAUGCCCGUCAGUCCGCCCUACGACAAGGGGGCCUACAAGCUGGAGAUUGACUUCCCACAGCAGUAUCCGUUUAAGCCGCCCCGGCUCCACAUCAACACGAAGAUCUACCAUCCGAAUGUGAAUGAGCGCGGACAGGUGUGUCUGCCCAUACUUGAGAUCGAGCACUGGCUGCCCACCUCCCGCAUCGAGUCGGUGCUAAACUGCCUCCUGGCCACCAUCAACGAUCCCCAGCCGGACAAUGCCUGGAGCAUGGACAUGGCCAACGAGUAUCGCAACGAUCCGAAGAAAUAUUACAAGAUCGCUGAUGCCUGGGUGGACAGAUACAGCGAGCAUCGCCCCACCGAUGCCGAGCUCGUGGCAUUUGCCCGCAAACGGAAGAAAGCAAUGCAGAAAAGUUAGUGGGUGAAAUUAGUUGGGGAAAAUAGUUCAAAAUUCAUGUGGGUCUGUAGUUGGUCGAAAUAAUAUAAAGGAAAUUCUUAAGCACAAAAUUUAGAGCUUAAAGUUAUCGAUAAAAUAUCGAAUUAUCAAUUAUACAUGAAGAAAAGUAAGUUUUUCUCUAA